AUGCCUGUGAUGAAGGGCCUCCUUGCUCCACAAAACACCUUCUUGGAAACCAUCGCAAACCACUUUGAUGGCACUCACAGUAACUUUUUACUGGGGAAUGCUCAGGGUCGCCAUGGUCACCCCAUCGUGUACUGCUCUGACGGGUUUUGUGAGCUGACCGGAUUUGUUCGGACCGAGGUGAUGCAGAAAACUUGCACCUGCCGCUUCCUCCAUGGAGCAGAGACCAUUGAGAGCGUGAUCCAGCAGGUAGACAAAGCUCUGGAGGGCCAGCAGGAGUACCAGGGAGAGGUCUGCUUCUAUAGGAAAAACGGAAUUCCAUUUUGGUGCCUCCUGGAUAUUGUGCCGAUUAAAAAUGAGAAAGGUGAGAUGGUGCUGUUCCUCUUGUCCUUCAAAGAUGUCAGUGAAUCAUACGGGAAGAGACAUCACUACAACCAAGGAGACGGUAUGUCAGAGGACGCUCAGCAGAGCAGGAAAAGCAAUCGAUCGCACUUUUCUCAAGCUCACGAGAGGGGGAGGAAUAUUCUGCAGCACCUUAGCAACCUGUUCUCUAAGAGGGGCCAGAGGAAGCUGACCAAUAGUGUGUUUCAGAAACCGUCCCUGCCCGAGUACAAGGUGGCGGCUGUGAAGAAGUCCCGUUUGAUCCUGCUGCACUACAGCGUGUCCAAGGCCUUGUGGGACUGGCUCAUCCUGCUGGCCACCUUCUACGUGGCCGUGGCCGUGCCGUAUGACAUCUGCUUUGUUAGCCACGAUGAGGGCAGCAGCUACCACUCCCUGGUCAGCCGCAGCACUAUGGGCAGUGACAUCGCAGUGGAGAUGCUCUUCAUCCUUGACAUAAUCCUAAAUUUUCGGACGACCUAUGUGAGUCAGUCCGGUCAGGUAGUGUACGACGCCCGCUCCAUCUUCCUCCAUUACUGCACCACUUGGUUCUUUGUGGAUCUGAUCGCGGCGUUACCCUUCGACCUUCUCUAUGCUUUCAACAUCACAGUGACCUCGCUGGUGCACUUGUUGAAGACGGUUCGUCUUCUGCGUCUGCUGCGCCUGCUUCAGAAGCUGGACCGAUACUCCCAGUACAGCGCGGUGGUCCUGACCCUGCUCAUGUCUGUGUUUGCUCUGCUGGCUCACUGGAUGGCUUGUGUCUGGUACAUCAUCGGACGCAAGGAGAUAGAAAGCAGUAACCCCGUAACCUGGGAAAUAGGCUGGCUUCAGGAGUUGGGAAAACGUUUGGAGACACCAUACUUCAACCGCACCUUGGGGGGUCCCUCCAUCCCUAGCGCCUACAUCGCCUCUCUCUACUUCACCCUCAGUAGCCUCACCAGUGUCGGAUUUGGCAACGUGUGUGCCAAUACGGACGCUGAGAAGAUCUUCUCCAUCUGCAUAAUGCUCAUGGGUGCCUUGAUGCAUGCAGUGGUCUUCGGCAAUGUGACAGCCAUCAUCCAGCGCAUGUACUCACGGCGCUCUCUCUACCACACCCGGAUGAAAGAUCUGAAGGACUUCAACCGUGUGCAUCGGCUGCCUCAGCUGCUGAAGCAGAGGAUGCUGGAGUACUUUCAGGCAACCUGGUCCGUCAAUAAUGGCAUCAACGCCAAUGAGCUGCUGCAUGACUUCCCAGAUGAACUGCGAGCUGACAUCGCCAUGCAUCUGAACAAGGACAUCCUGCAGCUGCCUGUGUUUGAGCGCGCCAGCAGAGGGUGCCUGCGCUCCCUGUCCCUGCACGUCAAGACUUCUUUCUGUGCACCUGGGGAAUACCUCAUACGCCACGGAGACGCCCUGCAGGCCAAUUAUUUUGUCUGCUCUGGCUCCCUGGAGGUUCUAAAAGAUGGCAUGGUUCUGGCCAUCCUGGGAAAAGGUGAUCUCAUUGGCUCUGACCUCCCGGAUCGUGACCAGGUGAUUAAGACCAAUGCAGACGUGAAGGCGCUGACCUACUGUGACCUGCAGUACAUCAGUGUUAAGGCUCUGAGGGAGGUCCUCCUGCUCUAUCCAGAGUACGGCAGCCGGUUCAGCUCUGACAUCAACAACAACCUCACCUACAACCUGAGAGAGGGCAGUGAAGCUGACGGAGUAACAAAGCUUGCAUGGUCUUCAAGGCUUUCUCAGGGUCAUGCUAUGGACCAUAAACUGCCCUAUAUUGUUGAGGCAGAUGAUGGUGACCGUGGAGAAGACUUGAGGCACUAUCAGCAGAGGAAAGUGCCCCUGUUACAUGGAGCAGGCAGCCCUGUGCGUCAGCCCUGCCUCAGCACCAUGUUAGGGGAUGAGCUCCGCCACAUCAGUGCACUCCGCAACUGUGGCUCCCCUGUUCAGGGCGGUAGAAGCCACAGCCCCUUUCAUCAGUCAUUCACCAAUCAGGAGCUCUCUCCUUCUCCUGUGCCCAGUCUUGGCAGCGACCAGUCCUUCAACCAGCGGCCUGCCGAUCUACUAAUGCCAUCCUUGAGCUGUGUUAGCCCACCUAGCCUUAGCCCCAGGGUCGUGGAUGGAAUUGAGGACAAUGGUCACACAUUUCAAUUUAAUGUAGAACAGAGGGAGACAAAGACUAAUAUAACAGACCAGUUCCAAGUGAGUGCUCACCUGCUUCUGGAGACAGAGGAAGUGAGACAGAACAUCAGCAAACUGAACAAAGAGGUGAGCAACCUGAACCACGAAGUGUCCAACCUGGCCAAGGAGCUCCACGACAUAAUGCAUUUCCUACAGUCUCAUAUGUCCAUGCAGCAUGCACCUCAUGCCUCUUAUGGCAUACAAAUGGUUCCCAGUCCUAGUGUGAGUGCUUCCAGCAACUGGCAGCCCCACGUCCCUUUAAAUAUUGCCACCGGUCUGCACCUCCACCAUGAAGCAAUUAGUCACCCUGCCAGAAAUGUGUUGGGCUGCAGUGGUAUUCCCUCUCAGGGUAGAAGUCCAACUUUGCUGCACUCUUCCAUCCCUGUGUCCUCCUGUGUACACCUGUGCUGCUCUGACAGGGAAACUUCAAGAACAACUCCAAACUCUCCCUACACGACCCACCCACAUCCAUCCCUCCUAGGCCACAGCCCUUCCUUCAGUAGCUUCCCUGUGGUUUGUCAGGCUCCACAGGUCCAAUACAAUGCCUCUAUUACAACAAUGAGCAACACACACCCUCUGUGUUCCUCUGUGAAUUCUGGCUUCUCCCAUCCAUCUCUGGAUGUUCAAACCAACUCUGGUCCCACACAAAAUCAGACACCCAUCCAUUCCUCCAUGUAUAACACUGGCCGGCUGCAGUAUCACUCUACCUUCAGCACUCUCACUCCGUCAGUCCACUCUUCAACAUGCACAGGGCACAGCCAGUGCCACCAGGGCUCUGUCAAUGGCCCAAGGCAAAAUGACCUAGUUGGAUCCAGCCCUACCCACCUCCCACAGGACCCUCCUUGUUCUCUGACGGGGCCGGAAACAGACAGAGACUGCAGAGCUUCACUGUACCAAGAGAGGACGAACAAUAUUGAAUCUCAGGAUAUGAGUUGCAGUUCUCCAACUGUAGAAGUGCAAUCACCUCUCUUGGAUGUAGAGGACAUAUAAAGCCCAUACUGGUGACCUCACUAUCUUCUGUUAAUCUGUUAUAAUGAUGACUUAAUUCUUCCUUCAGAUACCAUCAAAUAAAAUGCUCCCUGCUGCUCCCUCCACCAAGACAUGCACCACACACUUUCUCUUUAGGGUUUAAUGGUACUAUUUGGAUAUAUGUUAGCAGGUUCACUAGUAAAGCAUUAGCAAGAGA